CAUAAAUGGAGGAAUAUAUUUACCAUUGAGUACCAAGGACUUUGGUGAAUGUUAAUCACCGUUCCACAAUUCUGAGAUUCCAGUUCCAUGUGGAUAGUGGCUAUUGUUCUCCUGUAUGUCACACGAUUGCUGGCUGUUUCUAUUACAUAAGACUGUGUAUUCCGAUUCCACUUCACACAACAUGAGAAAGAAGAGGAAGAAAAAUAAAAGAAUACAGAUGUACAAAAGAAUAAACAACUAAUUUAAUUCUACUCAUUCAUACAAGUGAAACCUAGAAAGGUCGUUAGUUAAAUAUUCUUGGAUAUAAAAUAAAACAUGUCUGACACGGAAAGAAAGAAAUCAGGAAAGAUAGACACUAUAAAAAAAAGUUAUAAAACAGGAGAUGUAAAUGAGGAGACAAGACGAAAGAGCUCUGCAAGAUCAGGUAAAAGUAAUGGACUGGCAAAUCUUGAUGGCUCUGGAAGAGCACCAUCUAGGAAAAGUGUCACGCCUCAUGUAGGAGAUGGAGGAGCUGACACAGGCAGUAUUGACAUACAGCGUGUAGGGUCUGGAAGAACAAAUACUAGCAAUGAAGAAACCAACAGGACUGGAUCUCAACUUGCAGGUGCAAGCAAUGCACACGAAGAACGGGACGAACCUGAAAGAUCAGCUACUAGAAAUGAAGACGCCAAACGUGAAGGAUCAGGAAGAGCAGGUUCAAUAGAUGAAGAUAGCAAACGAGAGGGGUCUGGAACAAUAUCAACUAGAAAUGACAUCACAGCACGCGAAGGAUCUAGCAAUGAAACGACAAAGAGGAACGAAUCUCGAAUGGAAGGUACUGGCGAUGUACAGAGGGGGCGCAAUGGGUCUGGAAGAGUAACAGGAAGAAACGAAGAGACGAUACACGAAGGCGCAGGAAGAGCAGGCGCAAGUAAUGAGGCCAUACAACGCGAAGAUUCGGUUCAACAGAGAGGAAAAGAUAAAAGAUUAGAUGACUCUGGAAAGGCAGGUACUAGCAACGAAAACACAGUACGGGAAGAGGAUGUAAAUGCAGAUACUAGUAAUGGUGGUAGUGAACAACAUGGAGCUGAAAAAGGGAGUAAAGAGACAGAGAGGACGGGAUCUGGAAGGUCUGCCACAACAAAUGGAGACAAGGAUCGAGAGCAAUAUGGAAGAUCAGGUGUUAGCAAAGAUACAGAGCCACGGACGACCGGACAGGCUGACAGGAAAGGCAAGGGCGUGAAACAAGAAGGUUCUGAAAAGGCAGAGGUUAUAGACAAUAAUACUUUGCAAGAGACAUCAGGAAAUCUGAAAACGGAUACUAAACCAACGAAUGGUCAGAAGACAGAGACUGUGAAAGGAGAAACCAAACGCGAACAGUCUGGUAAGAAGGACAUUAAAAGUGAAGAAAUCAAGAGACAGGGUCUAGGAAAGGCAGUUUCAGAGACUGUAGAUUUAGUAACGGAAGAAAUAACAAGGUCGGAGACUUUCACAACAGAAGGCAAUAUUGAAAAGGACAAUUUCUUUCGUAUAUGCAAGUGUUUGGUGAAACAUAUACCAACCAUCUUAGGGGAUAUUUUAGCAAUACAUGUAGCACCAAAGAAGCUCAGAGCUACCAUUCAAAAGAAGAAGACGAUGCAGCUUAGUCACAAUCAAAAACACGUCAUCAAUGAAGGGAAGAUACCAGAUUAUACCAAGUUUGACAUCACCCUGUUUCACUUAUUGUUCCGGAGCAUAUGCCCAAAGUGUCCCAAUCCGUCCCAUGACUGGGGAACAUACCCAAAGGCUGGCGUGGAAAUCACAGUUGGCGAUGACAUAGAGCGGAUCCAGAAACUAAAGAACAAUGCGUAUGGGCAUCUUGAUUAUUGCUUACUUCCAACAACGAAAUAUAACCGGAUGUGGGAGGAACUUGGAGAUUUGAUCAGUCGACUAGAAAAACUCGUGAAGCGUGCCACUUAUAGAAAGGCAUUGGACGAGAUAGGAAAAGCCAGGAUUGAUCCUCUGGUGGAUGAGGAGCACGUGCGGACACUGAAGGAAUGGCGGGAUAUGGAUACACAGCUCGACAUUAAAACGGGUGAAACUUUGAAACAACUUGAACCAGAAUUUAGGAAGACCAGGAAAAGUGUCGACAAAAUGAAGAGAAUAACAUGCAGUCAGCCUGGGAUUCUCUCCAGAAGUCGCCAUGACCCCGACUCAAUAAAGUCACGGAUGGAAACCAUGGAGGAAAAUCUUCUCGACACAAAAAAGAAAGUGCGCCAGACCAAAUAUAUCCAGAAAAUACGAGAAUCCACAAAAAUCAAUGUACAAAAACUGGACGGAAUGCGAGCUUACACCAAAGCUUUGCUAGUUGACUUCGAAGAAAAUGUCAGACCAUCCUUUAUAGAAACACAAAACUUCAAUCUGGCCAAACGGAUAUUUACGGAUUUUGGUUUUGUGUUUCUAGUCGGAAUUCCAGGUGAAGGGAAAACCGCUAUUGGAAUGCACUUGCUGAAUCAGCCUUAUCCAGACGAUUUAGAACAGCCUAUACGACUAAUACUUACGUCGCCCAAGCAAUUUACAGAUACCAUCGAUCCUACCAGGAAAUACAUUCUCUUCAUCGACGACAUAUUUGGCAAAUUAUGUAAAGAUCAGUCCUUUAUCGAUGGCUGGACUGAUUCAAACGUAUCCGGGUGA